AUGAAAAGUAAAUUGUUAGCCAACGCAAACACAGUAUACCUAUGCAGACAGAAACCCAAAGUCCGGAAAUCUGGGAAAGCUCGCAAGAAAAGACCAACGUCAGGGAAUGAGCAGCUACCGUCUGAUGGAGUCGAGAGGCUGGAUGAGGCUCCGAUAUAUAUGUUUAGUGAUGGAGAAAGGUGUAGAGCUUGCAGUCCAACUCGAGAUAAAUUACUGACGAGGAAACUGAACGAGUGUUUAAGUGCACAUGAUGCGGCAAAAUCUGCAACCAAUCAAUCGGCAUUCUCUGGAUGGAGUUGGGAUUUGAUAAACCUGGCACUGUUUAGACCUAAAAAGGUUGGCAACGCUGGCACCGGAUGCAGGACGAGGACGGAAUCCAAAGUUAAUAAACCAUCGUUCCAGAGAAAACAAAAGUCGAUGAACUCAUUAGUUGUACCCUCCAGACCAGGUUUAGCACCAAGUUCUAAAAUAAACCUCAACUUUAGAAACAGUGUGACAACCGCAACCACUGCACGAUUCAAAUGGCUUACUGGAGUUUCGAAGAGUGUUCAUUCAAGAAUCGUAUCUAGCCAAAGUAAAGUUACGGGGUGCAAUGCGAACCAUUCGCGUGCUUUGAAAACGAAACAUAGGAUGAAAUCAUUUGAACACCUACUAUCCCCUGAAAUUCAGAAAGAUGAAAGUAAUGUUUUGAAACACUUAGAUGGGAUCGGGAUCAUUUGUACGCCCGAACGACCACAAGAGACUUCUCCAGCAUUUGAAUCUCCCAGCUAUCACAAAACCUCAACGCCUACAACUCUGUACAAUUUACAAAGUGUUCCUACCGUGCCCUUCGCGCAGUUAGACCCAAACCAGGUGGAAGAUGAUCAGGAUGAUGAUGAAGAAGGCUCAUUAUGGUUUGUUGCUGGAAAUUCAAUUAAAUGCAACAAUAAUCGUUUAAUUGAUUACGACUACGGAAAAACAAACUAG